ACGCCUCAGCUACGUUGCCUCUGUCAACUGUGGGUCUGUGUCAAAGACAAGAAAGCAUGCCGCUACGAUCAGCUGUACGUGUUAUAAGUACCCCUUUGAGGGCUGUUCUUCGACCCUCAGCGACAAACAGCUGCCGGGGAUAUGCUGCUGUUGCAGAAGCUCGUUCUGUGUUGGAACAUGAACUUGAUUCAAUCCGAGCGGCAGGCACUUGGAAAGGAGAGCGAGUGAUCACCUCCAAGCAGGGACCACACAUCUACGUGGAUGGCAGUCGUGGCGAUAUAUUGAACUUUUGUGCAAACAACUAUCUGGGUUUGUCCAGUCACCCAGAGGUUGUAAAGGCAGGUAUUGAGGCCUUACAAAAGUAUGGUGCCGGACUAAGUUCUGUCAGAUUCAUCUGCGGCACACAGGAUAUUCACAAAGAUCUGGAGAAGAAGCUUGCCCAGUUUCAUGAAAGAGAGGACUGCAUCCUCUAUGCAAGCUGUUUCGACGCCAACGCUGGACUUUUUGAGGUGCUGUUAGGUCCUGAUGACGCUGUGCUGUCUGAUGAACUCAACCAUGCAUCCAUCAUCGAUGGCAUCAGAUUGUGCCGAGCCAAGAGAAUGCGCUACAAACACAUGGAUCUGAAGGACUUGGAGGUUAAACUCAAAGAGGCUCAGUCGUCACGCAUGCGUCUGGUCGUCACUGAUGGUGUGUUCUCAAUGGAUGGGGAUGUGGCACCACUGCAAGGAAUCUGUGACCUGGCAGAACAGUAUGGAGCCAUGGUCUUUAUUGAUGAGUGCCAUGCCACAGGUUUCCUGGGCCCUAGGGGCAGAGGUACAGAUGAGCUACUGGGAGUCAUGGACCGCGUACACAUUGUCAACUCAACCCUGGGGAAAGCCCUGGGUGGAGCGGCUGGUGGGUACACCGUGGGACCCAAACCUUUAAUUGACCUUCUCAGGCAGCGUUCACGCCCAUACCUUUUCUCCAACUCUCUUCCCCCGCCUGUGGUGGCCUGUGCCACCCGAGCCGUGGACCUGCUCUUGGCGUCCAAUGAAAUCGCUCAGAGCAUGGCAGCCAAAACCAUGAGGUUCAGGAAUGCUAUGACCCAAGCUGGCUUCACCAUUUCUGGAGCUGCCCAUCCUAUUUGCCCUGUGAUGUUAGGCGAUGCACGGCUAGCUUCGUUGAUGGCUGAUGACAUGCUGAAGCUAGGUGUAUAUGUGAUUGGAUUUUCCUUCCCUGUGGUACCCAAAGGAAAAGCCCGUAUUCGUGUCCAGAUAUCGGCAGCCCACACUGAUGAGGACAUUGACCGCACCAUGAACGCCUUCAUUCAGACAGGCCGCAAGCAUGGGGUCAUCUCAUAAACACAGCAAUACUAGAACGCCAUCAACUGUUACAGCUACAGGAAUCAGGAAGGGUGGCUUGUACAGCUGCCACUGUUACAGACAGACGUGAAAACGCUAAUCUUAUAGAUGGAGAGACUUUGCGUGGAGAAAGCUGGUAGUGUUUACAAUGAUGAAAGGCCAAUUGAGUGUUAUAUUUGCCUUAAAAAUUGCUUAAUAAAUAACUUUUGUUAACAAA